AUGCUGCAUGUUCACAUCAAGGAAAGCUUCCUAGUAGGAAGAGCGCUCUUGAAUUUCACGUCCAUCUUUGUGUCGCUCGGAGUGUUCCUCUUCGGCUUCGAACAGGGGUUGAUGUCAUCUUUAUUAACCAACAAGUACUUCAAGAACUACUAUAACAACCCUUCACCUGCUGAGGUUGGUACUAUGAUCGCCAUUUUGGAGAUUGGCGCGUUGUUUUCGAGUUUUGAAGCGGGAAAAGUUGGUGAUAAGAUCGGCCGCAGAAAGACAAUCCGUUACGGAUCAUUCAUUUUCGUAGUGGGAGGAAUCAUCCAGGCUACGUCGCCCAACAUUAUCGUUUUGGGAUUCGGAAGACUCGUAGGAGGUGUUGCAAUUGGCUUUUUAACUACUAUCAUUCCCUGCUAUCAGCUGGAGAUUAGUCCUCCAUCUGACAGAGGUUUCUAUGCCUGCUUGGAGUUCACAGGAAACAUCGUGGGCUAUGCAACCAGUAUCUGGGUAGACUAUGCCUUUUCUUUCUUGGAGAGUAACUGGUCCUGGCGUCUGCCUUUGUGGGUGCAAGUAGUGAUGGGUUCUUUGCUCUUCUUGGGGACCUAUGUGAUUGUGGAGACUCCAAGAUGGCUCUUGGACCAUGACGAGGAUAUCGAAGGUAUGAUUGUCAUCAGUGACUUGUACGCAGAUGGUGAUGUUGAGGAUGAAGUGGCCAAGUUGGAGUUUAGACAAAUAAAAGAGAACGUUUUGAUUGCCAGAGUGGAAGGGGGAGAGAGAUCAUACAAGUACAUGCUUACUCGCUACACCAAGCGUGUUUCCGUGGCUUGCUUUUCCCAGAUGUUCGCCCAAAUGAACGGCAUCAACAUAAUUUCUUAUUAUGCGCCUAUGAUAUUCGAAAGCGCUGGCUGGUACGGACGUUCCGCGAUUUUGAUGACUGGAAUUAACUCUUUGGUUUACUUGGCCAGUACUGUUCCGCCGUGGUAUUUAGUCGAUGGCUGGGGAAGGAAACCAUUACUUUUGUCAGGAGCUGUUGUGAUGGGAGUCUCUCUCUUCUUAAUUGCAUACUCUCUAUUUUUGAAUGACACCUACACUCCGCAGGUCGUGGUGGGUCUUGUCAUCAUCUUCAAUGCAGCAUUUGGUGCCAGUUGGGGUCCUAUUCCGUGGAUGAUGAACGAGGUGUUGCCUAACUCAGUUAGAUCCAAGGGUGCUGCCAUGUCCACAGCCACCAAUUGGCUCUUCAACUUUAUUGUCGGAGAGAUGACACCAAUUUUGUUGGACCUCAUCACCUGGAGAACAUAUUUGAUUCCGGGAUGUUCAUGUGUCCUUUCCUUUUUAUGCGUGCACUACUUGUUCCCGGAGACCAAGGGCUUAUCAUUGGAGGAAAUGGGAUCAGUAUUUGACGACUCGUCCUCCGUGUUCUCGUUCCAUUCUGGAUUCAACUCCGGAAGCAACGUUUACGGCUCUACAGAUAGCGAUUCGAGACAUGGAAGCAUGGUGGAUGGUUUGAUUGGAGAAUCUUCCGUGCGUCCUAGCGCGGCCCAAAGAGCCAGAAAUCCAGCCUCCAUGAGAUCAGAAAUGGAUGGACUAAUCACCGGGACUCCGACUAUCCCACACAUUUCCAACACGGAGGUGUUGAAGCCUGUGGCAUCUGACGUAUCCUCAGUGCACGACGACAGUGCUACGGACCCACCGAGCGUGGAUGCGAUUGUAGAAUUCAAAAAAAAGAAGGAUGCCGCUUCUUGGUGGUCGCGGUUUAAUUCCAGAUCUGCAGACUACGAAGCAUUGAAUUAG